UUACAGCCAUCUUUGAAUCCGGAAGCUGGAAGACAGAACAACCAGAACAAACCUUUGGGGACGCCUUCUGGAGUAUGGGAAAACCCUCCUAGUGCCAAGCAACCUACCAAGAUGCUGGUCAUCAAAAAGGUUUCAAAAGAAGAUCCUGCUGCUGCCUUCUCAGCUGCAUUUACAUCACCCGUUUCUCACCUGGCAAACGGCAACAAAGCCACCACUAUUGUCCCAAGUGUCUACAAAAACCUGGUUCCUAAACCUGCAGCUCCUCCUUCCAAGCCAAGUCCUUGGAAAGCAAACAGAAGUGAACACAAGCCAGGCUCACUCUCCUCCAGCCGUGAGUCUGCCUUUACCAGUCCAGUGUCUGUAACCAAACCAGCGGUCCUGGCGAGUGGCUCAGUCCUCACUUCUCCCAAAGAGAGUCCUUCCAGCACCACCCCUCCCAUUGAGAUCUGCUCUUCACGCCUAACGAAGCUGAUGCGUCGAACCACCGAUAAGAAGAGCGAGUUCCUGAAGACACUGAAAGAUGAUAGGAAUGGGGAAAUCACGGAGAAUAGAGAAUGUGACAAGCUAGAUGAUAUGGAGAGCAACAGCACACCAGAACCAAAGGAGAACUGGGAAGAGAAUUGCCAUCAGAAUGGCCUUUCCCUCCCCUUGCCAGAAGAGGGGGAAAACCUCUCUCAUUCAUUGGAAGCAGAACACAGGUUAUUGAAAGAAAUGGGAUGGCAGGAAUAUCCUGAAAAUGAUGAGAACUACCUUCCCCUCACGGAGGAUGAGCUCAAAGAGUUCCAAAUUAAAUCAGAGCAGCGAAGAAGAAAUGGAUUUGGGAAGAACGGAUUUCUUCAGGGCCGCAGCUCCAGCCUGUUGUUCCACUGGAGAAGCACUUUUAAGACAAAGAUUGAGGACUCAGACACAGAAACUAGUAGCAGUGAAACUUCAGAUGACGAUGCCUGAAAGUGGGCACAAGAAAAUUAAAAUAAAUAAAAUCAACCCAAUAAACUCAGUUCAUAGUUCAACAUGUGUUUGGGGUUGUAUAAACUAAACAGAGUUUAUUCUGUCUCCGGUCUGUUCAGUUUUUUUUCUUUUGUUGUUGAUACUUCAUGCACAAGGGAAAUAAUUGUAUCCCAAAGAAGAGAGAAAUUGGCUUCUUUAGCUUUUUCUUUUGGUUUUGCCCUAAUGCUUAAUAGAAGUUUGUGCAGCUAGUGAAUUUUGAGAAAAAUCCCUUGCGGGGCAGUGCACAAGUUCAGUCUUGUAAGCAGGAUGCGAGUGAGUGACUGAUCUUUGCAACAACAAGCUUCUAACAGUGCCGCCUGCAUUACACAAUGCUGUGCGGUAACAAUGUGCUAAAACAAUCAUUGUCAAUGACAAAAUGGCUAUUGAAGUUCUAAUUGUGUUAAAUUAAUGCUAAUAACAAACUUUUUAUUUUAUUUUUUUUGGCGGCUCGGGGAGCUUCAUCACUUAACCAGGCGUUUGUGGUUUUCUUUUUUUGGGUACAGCUGUAAAAUAUUUGGAUAUAGGAAUUGUUUGUGUUCUUCUUGCAGCCUUGAUAUUCAGGGUGGAUUGUAAAAUAUAAAUUUUUGUGAGAUUUCAAAGAUUAAGAUUAUUUUGAUAACAUUAUUUACAGAUUUAAAAAAGUGACUAUCACAUUGAGUCUGUAUGAGGGGAAAAACUACUGCAUCAAAAAUAACUAACUUGGAAUAAAUAUUUUGCAUCAGUUUGCCAAUUCUAAUUGUCUUUCUUAUGUAAGAAAAGCUUUCCUUUAGAGACUUGCAACUUUGGGGUUUUAAUAACACUGAGGAUUAAUACUUUCUUCUCCCGCUGUAUUUUCCCACUUGGCAAACAUUGCUGUAGUGCUCAGAUUGCAGAAGCUAGACUCUCCCUUUAAAGAGGGAGAGCAAUGGUGAGAUGAUAGCCCAUGUUUGUUUUAAAAAA